GCCAAAAUUUGAUUCCGAAGUAAAUGUGUUCGCCGUAGAGACCUUUUGCUCAAUACAGAAUUUAGUUCGUGGCCUCCCAAUUAUGCCGAGCCUGAUUCCUAUAGAGUUAUACAUUUUCAAAACAACCAUGAUGCGCUCUAUAAGGAAACUCAUCGGCACUCCACGAGAUCCGGCCCAUACAGUACCUGGGCAUAACACAACUUUACAAGACCAGGAAUUUGAAAAGGAAAUUUUUAUUGAUCCUGUUGGUGUUCCCGAUGAUAAUCUUAUUCUUGAUCCCAUAGAUGUUGUUCCUAUCACCGUUGUUGAUGUUGCUGUUGAUGUUUCUGGUGACGAUCAACGAGACCACUCUGUCCAAGCAAAAUAUUCAAGUGAUGGUGUCAUUUUUUAUGGAUGCACGAAAACUUUUGGGACGUCAGAAAGUGACAUUGUUGUCCUUUAUAAUUCUAAGGAUGUUGCACAUGAUUGCAUAAUAUUCCUACUCAUGGUUGCCUGGAACUGUUUACUUGACACUGGGAAUGUUUUCGGCGUGACUCGUUCUUUUGGUGCUCCAAGGAUCAAGAGCUUGUGGCACAACCGGGUCCAGGCCGGAUCUCCGGUCGGUCCAGAAGGUCACGGAGACAUGCCCGGGAUCGACCCGAAGAUUGUCGAGUCCUUCCCGACGUUCAGCUACUCGAGCGUGAAGGAUUACCGGAAGGAGAAGUACGGGUUGGAAUGCGCGAUUUGUCUGGUCGAGUUUGAGGACGAGAGCGUUUUGCGUCUCCUCACCUCGUGCAACCACGUGUUCCACCAAGAGUGCAUUGAUCUGUGGAUGGAAUCCCACAAGACUUGCCCUGUUUGUCGCCAGGCCCUCGACUCUCCAGUAAAGUACACACCGUACUCGCCAGCACUGUCUCUUGGGAACGGUCCAGAUGAGAAUUUCCAAGAAGACGAGCGCAUGGCGUGUGACAUGCAUAGCAUUAUCGAUAUACAUGAUCGCGAAGGGGACGUAGGAAAUAAUGAAGGAGUGGAAGCAGAAGAAGACGAGGCUAAAAGAGUCGGUGUUGAGAAUAGAAGUGAUCAACGUGAAAAUAUUUCACUAACGAAGCACGUUGUAACGUUAAAUCAUGAAAAUGCAGAUAAUAAUGCUGAUGAGAAGAGUGGGGAAGAGAAGUACCCAAGUUCGCUAGAAAGCGAUCUCGACGACUACUCCCCCUGCGUCCACAUUCCCCAGUUCUCAAAACCCCACACCUUGGGAAUCCUAUUGCUACUCGUUGGUUUCAUCGGCCUCGUGGCGGCCAAUUCCAAGUGUUUUCCUCCUCUUCUUGUUGUCUACUUCGCAGCCAUGCUUGCCAUCAUCCUAUAUCUCGCAUACUUUGUCCUUUUCUUGUACAAAAUCUCCAGCAUUAAGGAACCGGGGGCUCUGGCCGUGAACCGGAGUUACAUGGAGUAUCGGCUCGACCCGGACGAUGGGGCCCCGGGCUGGCUCCGUGGGAAGCUUGAUCACUGGGGUGAUGCUAUCGCAACUUGUCUCGCCAGCAGUGUUCCAAAGUGUGCUCAGUUGGAUCUGCAGGCUUAUUCUGGGCCUGAAGAUUUCUUCAAAACAAAUCUUACAGCCUUUGAGUCAGGAUGCUGCAAGCCACCAACGCCAUGCGAGUUUACAAUCCAAAAUGCAACAAAUUGGAUAGCCCCAGUGGCUCCCGGGGCAGACCCUGACUGCGUUAAAUGGAACAAUGACCCAAACCAGCUUUGCUACUCCUGUGAUUCUUGUAAGGCGGGAUUAGUAGUCACUAUUGGGAAGGCAGGAAAAGAUGCAUGUUUCAUUCUGGUUAUUGCCUUUCUGGUUUUGGUAGGGGUUUGUUGUUUUGAGGGUUAUGCCCUUUACAAGAGGGGUGCUGUGCAAAGUGUUGCUGCUGAGUUCAACGUUAGUAGGCAGACUAUUAGUUCCCUGUGGAGAAAUGCUAAGAAUGGGGAAGAAUUACCCAUGAAGAAAGUUGGGGAAACCACCGUUCCCAAAACCGAAGAUGAAUACGAUGCGCAGGAUAUCAAGAAAAUAGAGAACAACGCCAAGGCGAUCAACAUUCUUUAUUGUGCAGUAAACCCGGAUGACUACCGGAAGAUCUCUUGUUGUUCCACCGCCAAGGAAAUGUGGGACAAGCUAGAAAUCACAUAUGAAGGUACGGAUCAAGUCCGAGAAGCUAAGAUAGAUUUUCUAACCCAUGAGUAUGAACUAUUUCAUAUGAAGGAGAAUGAGAAAAUCGACGAUAUGUUUGAACGAUUUUCAAAAAUCGUUAACGAUCUUCAUGCUCUCAAGAAGACAUAUACGGACAAGGAGCUUGUAAGAAAAAUCCUGCGAAGUCUCACACCGGAAUGGCGCUCCAAAGCCGAUGCUAUCCAAGAAUCCAUCGGCAUCACCAAUGUCACCAUUGACGGACUUAGAGGAGGUCAAAGAAAAAGAUCCCGCACCGGCAAGAACGUGGCUUCUUCUUCGGCUCCUCCACCACCGGCGCACAAGUACCUCGAUGGGUCGUUCCUUUGGUUCAACGACCACGCAGAGGCGACACGGUUCUCAAAGAAAUUUGAGCACCGGGAGAUUCUCCCUCCCCGAUUCUCCACCGCCCGCUUCAUUCAUGACUCCAUUCCACGUGAAGCACGGGUUAUCCUCGAACGUGGAAACUUCCUCGAUCUCCUCUACAUCAAGAAGGUCAAUUAUCACCCCUUUCUUGUUCGAGCUUUCUACUCGAACUUGAAAAAGGAUGAGGACGGAGCGUUGAUCUCUAACGUCAACGGGGUGGACAUCUAUUUGAAUGAGGAAAACAUUCAAAUCCUCACCAGGCUUCGUCGGGAUGGACAGGAUCUCGGGCUCUACGUUGGAGAAGAAGGAGCACGGUUCAACGAGACCGCUCUCUUGGAGGAAGUGGGCAUCCGACACUUCGUACCCACUCCCCAACAGCGACGCCCUACGAUUGCUUCCAUGAGUCCCGUGUUUCGAUUCAUUUUUUAUGUUUUGACACGGAUUCUCAAGCCCAGGAAGUUCAAUCACACCACUCUCUCCCAAGAGGACACGAAGACAAUUCAUGCGAUGAUUCACAACGCCAAUCUCAAUUGGUGUAAAUUUGUGAGGACUCACAUGUUCACGGCCACCUCCGACAAUCGGCCGCUCCCCUACGCCCUCCUUGUCAUGGCUAUUCUUGAAGAAUAUAACAUCAAAACCGAUGUUGGACCAAAGAUAAAGGGGACAAAGCAUUGGGAGAUUGAUGAAUCCUCUUUCCACUCGGGCACCGACGAGACUCCGUUUCGACAGCCUCGUCCACGCCGCCAACCGAGAGCCACUGCCUCAACCGCCACCACUUCGACCAAUCCUUCUCUCGCUGAGGAAAUGGCAGCCUUAACCGCCACUCUCUCUCGGAUUGACACCAACGUCUCCAAAACGGCACACAACAUCAAUACCUUGAGCCGUGAACUUCACGGGUAUUUUGACUUUGUCAAUUACCCGUACGCUCAAAUGGUCCCUUACGUUCCUCCACCGAAUUUCGGAGGUGAACAAAGUGGGACUCAAAACGUUGGUAGAGAUGACGAGGUGGACGAUGAGGAAGAGGAAGAAGAAGAGGAAGAAGAAGAGGAAGACGAAGCCGAUGAUGAUGAUGAUGAUGAUGAUGAUGGCGAUGGUGAUGAAGAUGAAGAAGAAGAAGACAUUGACGAAGAACAACUUCUCAAUGAUCUUUCCCCGGAUUUCUAGAGCUCUAGCUCUACUUUCUUCUCUUCCUUAUUUUAUCAUCUUUUAAUAUGCUUUCGUUAUGUACUCCGCUAUUUCCCUUAAUUAAUUAAUAAAAACCUUUAUGAUUU